AUGGACCUGAGCUUACCCAGCCUCCAAAAAUUAGCCCGACCAGAGAACCACAAGAAUCAUGAACGCGUAGCCACGAGGGUUAAGCCGGCCCUCCAUAAUCCCGUUGCAUCUGAAAUGCCCGAUGCGCGCGAGAAGCACUGGCAGCGCCUGCACGAUACGGGCGUCCGCCCCGAUGUGACUCCCGCCCCUACCCAACACGCGAAAGUUCAAGCGGACGUAGGUCAGGACGGUCGCCUUCAACGCAAACGCCUGCCAGUGCUGCCACAAACGUUCACGCCAAAUACCUACUUAGUACACCCGAAGACUUUGUACGUGCGAAAUGCGCAUUAUGAACUCCAAGUGACGUCAAUAGUGGCACAGUUUUAUCUUGUCUUGGGAUUGAUUCUAGCCAUGAUAUACGACAAGAAUCCUCCUUACCCGCACUAUGACCACCUCCCAUACGCUCGCGAGCCAUGGAAGUCAAUAUAUGUCUUCCAAAGGUUGCUCACGACACUGCUUUUGGUUCCAUUCUGGGUGCUCUACUACACCGUAAUUCCCCACAGUUAUCGCCCUCGACCGUCUUGGAACCUUCGCCAAAUCAUCAAUGUCAAAUUUACGCGGAGGAUCUUCAAGGUUACGGAGGUGGCAGGUGUUACAUGGGGCACGCGCGAUCCCGCACUUGCGCCGGAUGAGACGAGUCUGAGGGAAACCCGGUUCGAGUGGGCGGAGCCGUUGAAGGAGGUGUGGAGAACGGGGAUUGUUGAUGGUUGCGUGCCGUUCAAGCGAGUUGGCUGUUAUGUGUGGAGAAAGAGCUUGGGCAUGGACUUGGAGUCAGGCUCGGGCAUUCCGCUCGUUGGCAUUUUCAUGCAUGGAGGAGGAUACUGUCAUAUGUCGGCGCAUGAAUCAAGCAAGACAUCUAAAAUACCCCGUAAUUUACUCAAGAGGGGCAUUCUGCACGAAAUCUAUUCGGUGGAAUAUCGACUGCUGCAACAUGCACCGUUUCCAGCCGUUGUACAGGAUGCUGCCGUAGUGUAUGCCCACGUUAUAGAGCAGUACCGGAGCAAGGGAAAGAAAUGCAAGAUUGUCCUCAUCGGAGACAGCUCCGGCGGGAAUCUUGUUCUCUCCCUCGCCCGUUGGCUAAGGGACGAAGCCCACCUCCCUGUACCAGAUGGCCUUCUCUUAUUAUCCCCCUCCUGUGACACAUCCCACUCGCUCCCAGAAACAUUGUCGUCAUAUAUUCCUCGUCCAAACAACGACAGCGACUAUCUCGUCGACACUCCUGAGCCACGAGCCCUUCUCCAGAGAACGUUCCUAGGAUUCACGUCGCGUCGGAACGCAGACGACGACCGCCGUCUCAUGGAAAUUGUUCACUCCGAAUACGUCUCACCGUGUUCGCCUAUCGUGCUCAAACGCUGGGGACACGAGGCGAAGCAGGACCCAGAGGGCGAGUUCGAGGAGCACUUCGUGCGGGACGUCUUCAAGCGACUCCCGACGGACCUCAAGCGAACGCGCGCACCGUCGGUUCUCGACACCGCAGUCGUCUUGCCGAAAGAAGGACCCACCGUGGUCCUUCCACCCGCGAUGUCCACCAACGAGCUGACGAACAUGCUCCCACAGGCCAUGUCCGCCAGCACGAGCCAGGACAGCAGCAAGACGGUCGCCUCCCCUGGUACACACCCCAAUCCGUACAAGGCAUCCUCGCGGUUCGCGACCCUCUUCGCCGAGUUUCCACGGAGCCUUGUCGUGUGCGGCGAUGCAGAGCGGCUCGUAAGGGAGGUACGCUCGCUUAUCUACGCGAUGGACAAGGACGGCGUCGAGCUUGAGGUGUGCUGGGCGAGGGAUGCGUGCCACGAUGUGUUGAUCCAAAGCGAGUGGUGGUGGGACCGCCAGGUUCUCGAGGAGGUCUGGGGAAGGAUUGGUAAGUGGGCAGAGAGUUUCAGCGAACAUGGACCGCCGCGCGCAACUUCAGGGACCGAUGAACAGGAGACCGAAGGACGAUUGGUCGAUGUAGACGUUUGA